UAAGCGUUGCGUAGGGGCCAUUCUGUGGAGGCCACAAGGCUGGACGACACCGGCAAGGUUCAGCCACAUGCCAUUCGACCUUCGAAAAGGGUGUCGACGCUACGCCUACUCUACCUCAAGGACCACCCCUUGGGCAUGAAGUUUGUUGGAGUAACAUUUUGCCAUUGCAAGCAUCCAGGUUCAUCUUCUUGACAAUGGAAGGAGCGCUCCUCAAGUACUGUGACUACCUAGUCUUCAUCCCAUGUCCCUCGUCCAGUGUCUGUCGUCCUGUCUGCAUACCGAGGCCCUAAUUCCAGAAUCACAUCAUGUGGCCACAAUCGGAAUCAUGAUGUGACCAGAUUCUCUAAGCCGGCCGUUCGACAUCAUCAUCGAAACGCUCUCUGGCGAUCUAUCUUUUUGUAACGAUGGUCUCGCAUGAACAACAUUGACCAGUUCGCAGCCAUUGACUAGGAUGAGCGGCCCUGCAUCGACGCUUGUGUGGCUUGGCUUGCUCCCAGGUUGUGAGGCAGUGGCCCUCGACUUUCUGACCCCUCCAGAUAUUUCGACAAAAUUCCCGAGGCCAUUUCUGUACGGCAUCGUUGGAAUCAGCUUCUUCGCAUGGGUGGUGUAUCGAACAUGGAUCUAUCCUUUUCUGCUAAGCCCUCUUCGAUAUCUUCCCGAACCAAAGGGAGGCUUGCCGAUCAUCGGCCACAUGCACUUGAGAGUCGCCAGACCGGUCGGCGAAGAACCGCUCAAAUGGAUCCAAGAACAUCCCGACGCUGACCUGAUCCGCCUCCGAGGUUUCCUAAACAGUGAAGCUUUGUGCAUGAUAGGUCCACAAGCUAUUGCUGAAGUCCUCGUGACAAAGAACUACGACUUCAUCAAGCCUCCGAAAGCUGCGGGAUUUCUAGCUCGUGUACUGGGGAACGGGCUUGUCGUUGUGGAGGGCGAUGUCCACAAAUUCCAGCGCAAACACAUUCAACCUAGCUUCAACUUUCGCCACAUCAAGGAGCUCUAUCCCAUUUUCUGGCGCAAAUCGGUCGAUGUCGUCAAAAGGAUCAGAGCCGACCUUGUCGAUGAGGCGAGCAAGACACCACCCGGCGUGAGCGAGCUCAGCUUUUGGGCACCUAAAGUCACACUUGAUCUCAUCGGUAUUGCCGGUAUCGGCCGCGAUUUCCAUACCGUAAUAUCCAACGAAGAUGAACUUGCCCAAACCUAUGAGAAGAUCAUGGAACCAAGAUUUGAGAUUUUCCUCUUGUUCUCGUUGACCGUCCUAGGCGCUCGAUGGGCACUGAAACUCCUCCCUACGGAUGCUCGCAAUGUGGACAGGUGGUUCACAUUGCAAACCGAUAAGCUGAGAGACCUUUGCAGACAACUUGUUGUUGAGAAAAAGAGAUGGAUGAAGGCCACUGGCGAAGAUUCGGCCGACUUGCUGUCGAAGUUGAUACAAUCAAACAACUUCUCCGACAAUGAGUUAGUAGACCAAGUCCUGACGUUUCUUGCAGCGGGGCACGAGACCACAUCUUCCACUUUCGAGUGGGCAACUUACCUGCUUGCCCGUCAUCCCGAGAUCCAAUCUCGAUUGAGGGCUGAGAUACGCGACCAUCUCCCUUACGGGAUAUCGGCCAACUUGAAAGAUGUCGACCUUGGUGAAAUUCUGGAGUCAAUGCCUUUUUUGAACGGAGUAUGCAGUGAGACAUUCCGGCUGUACCCAACCGUGGCUCAGACCCUCAGAGUGGCUGCCAGGGACACAUCGAUCAUGGGAUAUCCGAUUCCGAAGGACACCCUCAUUGCGGUACCUAUAUACGGCCUCAACCGGUCGCCUAAGCUCUGGGGUCCUGACUCAGAGUCUUUCGACCCGUCUCGGUGGAUAGACAAAGACACGGGCAAGUCCAACAACUCUGGCGGUGCUGAUGGCAACUACUCUUUCAUGACUUUUCUGCAUGGACCACGAACCUGCAUUGGGCAGGGAUUUGCCCGAGCGGAGCUAAGAGCUUUGAUCGCUGCAUUCGUCGGCGCAUUUGAGAUGGAACUAGAGGAUGACAGCUAUCGGCCAAUUCGGACGGGCGUAGUGACCACCAAACCAUCAAAGGGCAUGCCGUUGAAGCUGAAGGUUGUGGGAGAGUGGUCCAAAGCGCAUUGAAUAGAAUCCCUGUGAGCAAUGGACAAUAACCCGGCAGUGAAGUCUCAAAUGUGCAAUUCUGCGUCGUAGCAGCAUAUACCCCUAACGUCUAGGUAGUUACCUACCUACUAUUCAGUGCUCUUGUACGAAC